AUGAACAUAAAGCGAGAAGCGAGUGAUAUGAUAAAAUAUUAUGAAGGUGAAAAUCAUGAAACUGAUUCGGCUGCUGGUCUUUAUUUUAUUCAAAAUAUAUAUGUAAUGGUAAUACAUAUGACUUACUGGUUAUUGGCGUUAACUAGCGUUCAACUGAGUAAUGAUUACUUAACUGGCUAUUUCAUUUCCGGAUUUGUGGAUCUUCCUCCAGCAUUAAUUUCCGUAUUUUUGUUUUGCUUUGCUUUACUAAUAGCAGAAAUGAUCCCAACCUCUGAGUCUUUUGGUGAUCGCACACCCCUACUUAUUCUUGCAAUUUUAUCAGUAAUUGCGGCUUUUCUGAUUCUUACAGUCCCUGAAACAAAAGGUAAACGAAUGCCAGAAGAUGCCAACGAAUUCGAUGCAGGAUGGUUUCUGGCAUGGCUUGGCUAUCGAUGA